AUGAGUACUAUGGACGAUAUAGAAGAUGAGGCGAAAGCAGCUGCCGAAAAAAUGGUAAUGAAUAUGAUGCAGAGACCAGGACAAUUAGAAAAGGUAGAACAUUAUAAAAAAAGAAUAACUCAUAAGAAGGCGUCAAUAGAAGCUCAACUAAAAUCAGCUGUACAAGGCAAGCUGGAUGGAGUUAGUGUUGGUUUGAAACAGUUGCAAGAGUGCUUAGAAGAUGUGCAACAAGUCAGUCUGAAAAUGGAUGAACUGGAAGAGCUGUUAAAGAGUGUACCUCCCCUGGUAGCAUCGCUACAAGCGGUCAGGGAGGAAGAUUCUCGUCAUUCACAGUAUGUCACUGCUAUGGACAGUCUUAAACACAUAUUUACUGUACCAGAGAGUGUGGCUAAAACUAAACAAUGGAUUGGAGAAGGCAAACUUCUACAUGCACAUCAAUGUCUAAAUGAUUUGGAAAACUCCAGAGAUGAUCUGCUAUAUGAGCUACAUAGAUUACCUAACCAAUCCUCACAUGAUAAAAUUAUGCUAAAAGCUUAUUUUGAAGAUGUUGAAAUGGUGUCCAAUUUGCUUGAGAAACAGAUAAAGCUGAUUUUAGCCAGAACUUUGAAUACAGUUCGUAAAGAACCCACAGUUAUUGUCACAGCCUUGAGAAUCAUAGAGAGGGAGGAGAAAAGGGACCAGAUGGCAUUACAGCAACAAAGUCAAACAGGUUUUAUGCCACCUGGCCGACCUAAAAACUGGCGCGCCAAAGCUUUCGAAGUUUUAGAAUGUGCAGUAGCACAGCGUAUAGAAGGCACACGCGUUGACGAGCGCGAGAAUAAUAAACUGUGGUUGGUACGAUAUCUCGAACUUACGAGACAACUCAUAUUAGAAGACUUACGAGUUGUCAAAACAUUGUGUGUACCUUGUUUUCCACCACAUUAUGAUAUUGUAAACAAAUAUGUCAACAUGUAUCACAUUUGUUUAUCUGCAAGUCUUCAAGAUGUAGUUACAGGUGGGAUAGAAGGCAAUGAAUAUGUUACACUUUUAUCCUGGGUAUUGAAUACAUACCCUGGAAAUGAAUUAAUGGGCAGUUCAGAGCUGAAUAUUGAUGUGUCAACUUUACCACCUUUACUUAGUAAGGAAACAAUGCAAAAGUUACAAGAUGAAUACCUACAGAAAAUGGAAUCUAACUACAUGGAAUGGAUGGAGAAGACUUUGGAGUCAGAGCGAGCAGAGUGGGCAGGGCAGCGUGCACCUGAAGUGGAGUCGCAUUCUACCGCGUACCACACGCAUGCGCCCGUCAUCAUCUUCCAAAUGAUUGACCAGAACUUGCAGGUCACCGAAACUAUAAGCAAAGAAAUAACGUUUAAAGCAUUGCUCCUUAGUAUUGAUCAAGUUACGCGAUAUGGGAAUAUGUACAGGGAUGGAGUCAUACAAUUUAAGAACGCCCACUUCGCGGAUCGUUCGCGGGUGGCAUAUUUCACUCACCACAUGAUCACGAUCGUGAACAACAGCGAGCAGAUGGUACGGCUGGCGCAACAGACGCAAGCGCGGCACUGGCCUGCCGGCAGACACGACCCACCUGCCGAGGCCAAGUUCGAUAAGAUGCUUAACACUUUCCAGAAUUUAAGAGAUGAAGCUGCCCAAUUUCUUCUCGAGGAAGCGUUCCUCGACUUGGAAGUACAUUUUGAUGACCUAUUUACAGCGAAAUGGUUGCCUUCUACCAUUCCUGUGGACACUAUUUGUAUAACACUCGACGAUUACUUCCAAGAUUACAAUCAUUUGAGAGAUAAAAAUUUCGAGUAUGUUAUAAACGAAGCUCAAAACUUGGUGUAUAAGAAGUAUAUUACUGCAAUGUUGUCCAAGAAAGUGGCCUUCAAAAACGUGGAGGAAGCUCAGCAAGCUGCCACUAAAAUAGUCAAGGAGGCGAACCAAAUCAGAUCGUUCUUUAAGAAGAUAGCGCCAGAGGGCGUUAAUGUAGAUUGGCCCUUUGAAGUCAUCAGCAUGCUGGCAGAGGUACUGCGAUGUCAGGAUGUGGAGAUGUUGUCCCUGGACCUGCACAGCGUGGUGGCGAAGUGCCCCGACAUGUCGGAGGAGCAGCUGGUGCGGCUGGUGUGGCUGCGCGGCGACGUGGCGCGCGCGCGCCUGCGCGACACCGUGGCCAUCGCGCGCGCCAGCCGGCCCCCGCCGCGCGCCAACUCGCACCCCUCGCUCUUCAAACACAUCACCUUCAGCGACCGACUCCUCUCACACUUUAAUCUAUAG